AUGGAACGGGGCCAAGCAAUCCUGCUGGCCAAGUACGGGAGGCAGACAAUUGAGCAGCACGAUAUAUUUUCCACUGCGAAGGACGCCAAGGAUUUCUUGAAAGCCUACGCAUUCUAUCAGAACGUCGAUUCAUCAGCCGGUAUCGUCAGGCCACAAGGUUUGGGAAUGCACCUCAGCGAGUCUGCUUGUGACUGGCAUCUGAAUCAAAGCACCAAACACAAAAAUAACUUUUGCCCGGAGAAGGCAUGGUUUGUCAGUGACUUGUUUCUUGAACACUCUCCUGGUUGCGACUCUAUUGGCAAGUGCUUGACGAAGGUGUUGAUGGAGAUGCCCGGAUUUCAGUCGGCAAUGGUUCCAGGGCUGAGCACCUCGCGCAAGCGGGUGGCCGAGUCCGUAAAACUCGUAGACAACGUAAACGUCGACCAUCGAUCUGCAAUGUUGUACAAAGCCAUCGCUCUUGCAAAGAAGAAGUUAGCUGCAGUCACCGAUGACACUUACGACAAGCUGCCAUCAUUUCUCAGAUCGUUUGAUGUCCAGCCAGGAAACUACCUCGUAGGAACUUGUCCUCUGGGGAUACUCGAAAUGCGGAACGGCUACGUCUCAAGUGAAGCAGAAAUUCCAGAUAUUGUCAACGCGAUCAGCUUCUAG